CACCAGUGCUCCUUAUUGUAUAGAUACACCAUAAUUUAUUUAUCUAUUCUCCUGUUGGUGGACAUUUGGGUUGUUCCCAGUUUUUUAUUGUUAUGAAUUAAGGCUGCUAUAAAUAUUGUACAGUUUCGGUCGGGAGUGGAUCUGGUGAACUUUUAAUUCUUGCUAGUGUCUUAAUUUUUGGUGGACAAGUAUAAAUUGAUGAGAAAUUGAUAAUGUUCUAUAUUUUGUUUUUAGAUGAAGAUUGUAAAAAACUUACUUCAGAACUGUUUGCAAAGAUAGAUGCCUGCCUGAAUGAAGUCAGAGAUGAAAUUUUUGCUAAACUUCAACCCCAACUUCGAUGCACAUUAGGUGAUAUGGAAAGUCCUGUGUUUGCAUUUCCCCUGCUCUUAAAAAUAGAGCCUCACAUUGAAAAGCUCUUCUUGUAUUCUUUCUCUUGGAACUUUGAAUGUUCCCAGUGUGGACACAAAUAUCAAAACAGGUGUAUGAAGACUCUGGUCACCUUUACACACGUCGUCCCUGAGUGGCACCCACUUAAUGCUGCGCAUUUUGGUCCAUGUAACAAUUGCAACAAUAAGUCACAAAUACGGAAAAUGGUACUGGAAAAGCUAUCUCCCAUAUUCAUGGUGCACUUUGUAGAAGGCUUACCACAUAGUGAUUUACGGCAGUAUUCAUUUCAUUUCGAAGACUCUCUUUAUCAAGUAACUUGUGUAAUUCAGUACCAAGCAAAUAAUCAUUUUAUAACAUGGAUCUUAGAUGCUGAUGGAAGUUGGCUUGAAUGUGAUGACUUAAAAGGCCCAUGUGCUGAGAGACGUGAGAAAUUUGAAGUUCCUGCUUCAGAGAUUCAUAUUGUUAUUUGGGAAAGAAAAAUAUCCCAAAGGAUAGAUACAGCAGCUGCUGGCCUUCCACUUAAAAAGACGAAUGAUCAGCAUGCUUUUGGCAGUCAGAAACCAGUGUUUCCAGCAUCCUGUUCUGUGGGUGAUACUGCCUCAGCUGGAACAUCUUCAGUAACUCAGCCCUCAAGUAUGUCAGGUGCUUCAGCUUCUCUCUCACAGGAUGACGCUGUAGUUAUCGGAGAUCAUUUACUUUCAGGUCCACAUGGUUUGGUUGACAAUAAUCUUUUAACUUUGACACUUGAAGAAAUACAGGUUAACUCUGAAGAUUUCCUGUUAGAAAACAGACCUGUGGGAGAAAAUGAAGGAGUUGUUGUAACAAAUACUUUGCAAUCUCAAGAGUCACUGACAGAUUCUUCCGUAUUAGCUCCAUGUAUGGAAAAGCUUGUCAAAGACCAAAUUGUGGAUGUCAGGUUUCCAUCUCAAGUUACAAAUGCAGAUGUGCUGUCAGUACAGCUGAAUACAGAAGACACUGUAAUUACUCAGCCUGGGAAUAAUGGUGCUACUGAUCUUCCACAAGGAGUCAAGUCAGUUGAAAUUGAGAAGAGUACUCAGUUAAAACAGUUCCUUUCACCAGAAACUGAGAAAUUAAAGCCAGAACACGUUACAUCUCAGGUGUCUAACUUCAAGAAAAAAGAAGCUGCUGCAUAUUCUCCAACCAUAGCAGCUAGGUCGGCACACAGUCAGCCUCUGAAAGAAAAUCAGAAGAAACCAUUUGUGGGAAGUUGGGUAAAAGGCCUGUUAAGCAAGGGCGCUUCUUUUAUGCCACCUUGUGUCUCAGCUCAUACUAGAAACACUGUCACUGAUUUGCAGCCUUCAGUGAAAGGGGCAAGUAAUUUUGGUGGCUUUAAAACUAAAGGUACAAACCAGAAGGCUAACCGGGUAUCCAAGAAAGCACGGAAGAGUGCAAGUAAGCCUCCUCCGGUGAGUACUCCUGCACCAAGUGAUCCCUCAUCAGAUAGCACAGCUUCUCAUCGGCGUGCUGCUGGUAGUGCUGACUCAGACGUUGUGAAGCAGUGUGAAAGCGCCUCUCGUGGCACUCACCUCAGUCACAGUUCCCGUGGAAAUGAAAAUGGCGUUUCUUCAGCCAACCACGGAAACUCAGUUGAUGGCCAGAUUCAUCGACUUCGACUAAAACUUCUUAAAAAGCUUAAGGCAAAAAAGAAGAAAUUAGCUGCUCUUAUGUCUUCCCCCCAGAAUGGAACACUUCCAAGUGAAAAUGUGGAAGGUGAGUCCCAUUGUGGGUCUCCAAAUGAUUGUGAAUCCAUAGAAGACUUGUUAAAUGAACUGCAGUAUCAGAUUGAUAUUGCAGAUAAAUCCAGCUGCACCACAAUUCCUAGUGCUUCCCAAUACAGUGGGCAAACUCAGGAAGAGAUUUUAGCAGAACUGCUGUCUCCUGCAACUGUUGUUUCACCAGAGCUUCCAGAGCAUGGAGAAGCUGACUUCAGGUACUUGGAAAUGGGAGAUAACCAUAUUCCAGCACCAGUAUCCAGUGAAUUAAGCACUAUUCCCCAAAACACACACCUGAGACAGGACCAUGAUUAUUGCAGUCCCACCAAGAAACAUCAAGGUGAAGUUCAGACAAACUCACUAACAAAUAAUUCCUGUGUUAGAAUGUUAAACUUGGAGACUUCCAUGAAAGCUGAUAUUUUUGAUGAAUUUUUUUCUACUUCAGCAUUAAAUUCUUUAGCAAAUGAUCCAUUAGACUUACCUCAUUUUGAUGAAUAUUUGUUUGAGAGUUGUUGAAUGCCUGUUAACUCUUUAGUUUAAUAUUUAUUAUUGCUCUUGAAGAACUUAAGUUACGUUUUUAGGUAGUGUUUCCACACUGGCCUUGUCUGAAUAACCGUGAACAAAAUGUAAGCUAUGGGAGAUUUUCCUUUGGUUCUACCUAGAAAAGCAUGUAAUCUGUUUUACAAAUUAAAAUUAUCAAGAAUUUGUUCUUUUUUUGCUUCAUUUUGUACUUGUAGGAGAACGAGGAUUUCAGAACACUGAAAAUGAAAAAUAAUGUCUCAUUUCUGGCGUUUUGUACAGUUGGGUGCAUUAAGUGUCUAGGUUUUUAAUUUGGGCCACAUCGGUUGAGGAAAAGCACUAGCUUAUACAAACUGAAGGCUUUGUAUACUGUAUCUGAAUGUGUGACUGUUUUGCGAAUGGUUUUGUGGUCUUUGAUAAGAGCCUAAGCCUGUCUCACCCAGGUUGAGUGCUAUGGAAUAUCAACUUCCCCUAUACGAUUUAUCUCCUUUUCUUCUCCUUACAAAGAUGGCAGGAAACCUUAUUACUAGAACUUUGAAUAAUGUUAAGUAAUUAUUCAGUAAGUGAUCUGUAACAGGAAAAAAGUCAUCUAUUUUUGCAUUGAUGUACAAGAAGUUUACAUAUUGUCAUAAAUACCACCUUUCUCCAAUGAUAUUUAUUUCUAUAGUCGAACUGGAACACCAUCCGAAAGUUCUGUUUUGGGAAGAGAAUAACAACCAGUGUUGUCAAGUUGGCUGUCUGUCAGGUUUUGUUAUGUAUGUGAAACAUUAUUUAAACCUCAGCAUUCCUGUGAGGGAGACCUUAGCGUCACAUCUUACAGGCAGGGAACCAGGCACAGAGCUAGUGAGUUGUAGGGCUGGGAUUGAGGAGAGGGUUUGCCACAGCCGCUAGAUGUACUGUGGUGACCGACCUAAGAGUUCCAAGCUUCAGUUACCGUCGGGACACCCACACAGCACCCCUGCUGUAGUGGUGGGACUUAGCAGCAGUGGUUACCAAGGAAGUUGCAGGUACUGAGUACUUAAUUUAUUCGUCACAUUUACUCCUGAGCCUUUUUUCUGAUUAUAGAAGUAAUGCAAGUUUAUUGUAAAGAAACUGGAGAAAUGCAGAACAAGAAGAAUUUGGGCAUCUAAACAUGACAUUAACUACUACAAACAUUUUCAUGCAUAUAAGCUUUAAGAAAU